AUGCGGCAGCCGCCGUGCAGUGCCGGUGGCAGCGGGCAGGUGCGGCCCGAGCUGCAGGCGGUCCCGGCUGCAGGCUGCUCUGAGCGCUCACCCCCAAGUCCCCUGCGGUUGGAGGCGGCGCUGCAGGCGGCGCUACGCGGAGGCGCGGAACGGCGGAGGGAGUUGGAGCGGAGUGCGGAGCGAGGCCGGGAUCUGCUGCGGCGGGAGCGGCGAGGAGAUGAGCGGCCGAAAGCGGAGGCGGGAGCCGGCGGUGGACGCGAGAGCGCGCCUUCAUCCCGGGAACUGGAGGAGCUGGAGCUGCUGAACGCCGCCCUGGAGAAAGCGCUGAGAGUCAGAAAAAGCGUCUCCGGAACGCCCCCAGCGUCGCGGGGAGCUGCGGGAGCAAAGACUGCUGGCAGGGAGUCUGAUGGUGGAGAUACGGGAGAGCUGAAGGAGCCUGCGGCCAUCGGAGACGGCCCUGCGGCUGCCUGCCCCAGCCGCGAGGUGAGAGCUGGAAGCCAGCAGCCCGCCGCUGCCAAGAAACCUCCUUCGUACCGGCUGCGAGCGCCGUACAGGACUGACCCAGAUGUGAGAAGAACACAAAGGAAAGCCCCGGCAGGACGUGUCAGCAGGACUCCUGCAGGGGCUGGGAAGAGCUCUUCCAAAGUUGUGGCUCCCAAACAAAGAGCCAGGCGUGGGCCAGCGGUCCGUGCCUCCGCCGCACCCCAGAGGACAGCUGGCUUUGCCAGCUCUGCCCCCAGCCAACAGCACGGCGGCCCUGCUGGGGAAGGGAGCUCAGCGUCUGUGUGUGGGCAGCAGCUCAGUGAUGGGCAGAGGUGCUGUGCUGCCCUCGGGCUGCCCGGCGGAGCAGAGGAGCGCACAGCUGGUGCAGGGAGCGCAUCGCCGCGGGCAGCCGUGCUGCAGGAGCAGGGAUGCCAGCUGGAGCUGCCCCUGCCCUACAGGAAAGCCCACACCAGGAACUCCCGGGCAUGGGAGAAGUGCCGUCUCUGCCACACGAGUGCCGAUGCAGCGGCUGCGAGGAUGCGUUUCACGGAGAGGACCCAGAGCACUUUUCGUUCACCAAUGUCGACACUCAGCCCUGCGGAGAUAGAGGAGGAAUUAAAAGCCCUCCAGGAUGUCCCCUCCCGUCUGAGCCUGUAUGUGGAAGCUGAGUCUGCAGACCAUCCCACUCUUCAAAGAGAGUAUGAAAGCCUUCUGACCUUGGAAAGUCUGCAAAGCGCCGUCUCCCAGUGCUUGCAUCAGCUGCAGCUUCUACGAGCAGCUGUGGAGUCCCAAAGGAGGCUGCACCCAGACUGCACUGGAGACCAAGGAGGCUGCUGUGCAGCCCAUGCUGCUGGGGCUCGGGUGUGUGGCAGCGCAGGCACGCUGGCUGUGCCUCUCCUGUGCUACUCCAGGCUCCAGGAACUGAGGGAUCUGUUUGCCUUGAAGCUGCAAGUGUCUAUGCUGCACCAGGAGAUUGCCUUACAAAAGCUCACCAUGACAGAACUGCUGCCUGUCCUGGACACCAGGCCCUGCCCGGGGGCCACUGCAGCUCAGCUGUACCGGGCGAUGUACACACAGCUCUGCGAGGGAGGCGGGCGCUUCCCUGUGCUGGUGCAAGAUGAGCUGGCAGACUGAGCUGGUGAGAGCCUCUCUAUGGCCAUUCACAUAAGCAGACGUGGUUUUAAGCAAUAAAUCCUUUCUGAUACUUUA